AUGGUUACUGAGAAACUGGAUCUUGUUGUAUUAGACAUGACAAGAAACACAAUCCACAACAUAUGCCACAUAGACGUUCAGCCUGAAAAGAUUUGGGAGAUAGUUUUGGUACAUAUUUUGAACCAGAAAGACGAUGUCAUCGUGAAUCGUAGGUUUACCAGAGUUUAAGUGACAUACUAUACAAUAUCUAAAAAAGGUGUUGACAAACUAACUUAUCGUUAAAACUGAAUUUUCAUAAUUUUAUUAAACAUCAACAAUAUAAAGUUGUUAAUUCAGAACCCACCGAAUUGAAACUAUUUCGCAUUCAUACUGGUGAAUGCAUUCAUGCUUUUACAAAAGGAUGCACAAGCCCAGUAAUGAGUCACAACUUAAUUUUAGAUGCCACAUUGCGACAGGUAAGUCAGUUAUAUAUUUUAAAACGGAAUUAACAAGAAGGGGGGGGGCAAAAAUUCUCGUUGUCUCCAUCCUCUUUGGCCGUGAAUUGCGAGAAUUCCUGCCUUGUCACAACAGGAAUCCUCGCCUUCCCCCCCCUCUGUUUUUAGUUCCAAAAAGCACUGAGGACGGUAACCCCCCCCCCCCCCCCCCAUUUUACACUUACUAGGGAAUUGCACCAAAUAUCCCUCGGCUUUUCACGAGACCUAUAUAGGAUGAAAGAGCAUAAAAAGCUGCCGGGAAAACUGUUUUCAGAACCUGCUAAAUAGAUUCGGCUAGCGAGAUAUUAGCAAUUAAAGGAUUUACAUAGGGAUUUCUACUUGGUCAUUCUCAUUCGUCUUGAACAAAACGAAUGGAUUGAAGCUUCAAUCCAAUGUGGUCGAGUGGUUAGGAAGUUAGUCUAGGGUGCAGAAGGGGGUUCGAAUACCGUCGAUUUCAUUUUGGCGCUAAGCCAUGAUGAAAAGAAUUUUUGGCUAGCCAAACAAUAUUUUGAUUAAAAAAAAUAUUUUUUAUCGUAUUUUUUGCUUAAAGACACUUUUAGAAAAAUAUAAUUCUCAAAAAAUAUCAUUUUUUGAAAUUUAAAGCUAAACCUUGUAAACAUAUAAAGAUAUAGAGCAUACUGUAACUCGCUAGCCAAGGCCAUUUAGCAGUUUUUGAAAACAGUUUUCCCGGUAACUUUUUAUGCUCUUUCAUCCUAUAUAGGUCUUGUUCAAAAAGCCGUGGUAUAUUUGGUGCAAUUCCCUAGUUAAUAAUAAAUUAACUUUUAGGCAAUCUGGUACAAUGAAACUAAAAAACGGUGGGAUAUUAAGUUUUAUUCAAAGCCAAUCAAGCUGGAAUAUUAUAAACACGUAUGUCUACCUAUGACCAACGUUCAUUCUAUUUACAAUCGGUGGCGUGAAGGUGUGAUUGCCCCUAUGGUAUACGUUGAUUUUAGUAAAAGUAAGUAUUUACAAAGAUUUUGUUGAAUUAGUUAACAUAACUUACCUUAGGAUCGUCUUUUAUGUGUAAAAACUUCUUAUUAUGUAAAAGCUUAACUCUAAACAAAUUUAAAAAUUAAAAAGAAUCCAUUUUAUUUUAUAUUUCCAGCCAAUCUAAGCUUUAAAGAGUUUGAUCACCGAUAUAGGAUUAUGCUAAAGCAUCCGCCAGAACUUCUCCGAAACAUCAAAUUAGACGGACUUUGCAAGAAAGAACAAAUGAAGCUCAUUCAGGACAGAUUUAAUCGUAUGAUAUUUUAA